CAAAGUGCUCUUAAUUCCAACGACAUGACGAAGAUGCAACUGAAAUGUCUAGUGCUCAGUCUACUGUUAGUGAUACUGACCUCGGUUAACGGGGAGCGAGCUGUUUGCACUGAAGAUUACACGCCGUGUACGUGCGAUUCGUCGACGGGAAGGUGGGAUGUUAUUUGCGAUCAGGUGCCCAUCGAACAAGUUAAAUCAUUGUUCAAUCGCACAACACCUCAAGAUCUCGCUUCGUUCAGAUUGACGACGGCCUUUAACGAAACGAACGGCAUCCCAGAUAAUUUACUUGGUAAUUCACGUGCAAGCGGAAUUAUAAUUAACUGCCUGGAGGCUUCUUACGAGUUGCAAAUCAACGACAAUGCUUUCAUCUCUUCGGCGAAUUUCACGAAAACUGUCACGAUCAACGGCUGUUAUCUCAUCCAGCAGCGGAAUUUCAUGUUCUUGUCCGGCUUCGGAGACAUGACCAGCCUUAACAUCUACAAUUCGAGAAAUUUCACCAGUUUUUUGGGCAUCCCGUCUCAGUCCAGCUUGUAUUACAUUUCCAUCCUCAAUUCUCGUGGAUUUGAGAACUUGCUGGACAGCGAUGCUGUGGCUUUGCCUGGAUUGCGCAUUCUCUACUUGUACGACAACGACAUGAACGAUCUUGCCGUGUCGAAUGUUUUGAAAGCCUUGGCGCUGUCUUCGCUCGAAUCACUAGAAGAGCUGAGAUUGUACAAUAAUCGAUUAACGAGGAUCCCAGCAAUGAUAUCGUCCUUCAGUAAACUAAGCCAGUUGAUGAUGGCAAACAAUAAGAUUGACUUGAUUGUCACACGUUCCUUGGCUUUUUAUGGUGACGUCAGCUACCUUCAUUUAGGAAACAAUAACAUCCGAACCAUAGAGCCCAGCGCUUUUGGAGCGCACAGGUUUGGCUUGGUUUACCUGCACCAGAACAGUUUGACUCACUUUGAAUCUUACGUCUUUCAAGUCAUGUUGGAGGGAAUGGUGCAAGCUGGCUACGGAAGCGUAUCACUGUUCCAAAAUCCCAUUGAGUGUGAUUGCCACUUGGCUUGGCUGAUUUAUUACAAACGAAACCUAUUGCCCGUCAUUGAUGGUGGCCAAUGCUCCAAUUCGACAUUGUUUACCGACCUGAAUCCGGAUGCUUUAAGUGGAUGCCCAGUGUUUACGUGUCCCGCAAACAUUGACGGCAACUUCCCCAAUCCGUUAUCCUGCACGUCCUAUUACGCGUGCAGCAGGCAAGACGUUGUACUUGUCGAAUGUCCGGGUGGUCUCGUCUUUAAUCCUGCUUACCAAUUGUGUGAUUGGCCUUACAACGUGCCGACAUGUAACGUUUGAUAAGUGACGCUUAUCAAACUGCGGUCUUCUUGUAUCGCGUUUAUUAAACGUUGAUUUAGAAUGUGUAAUAAAGAUUGGUGUCAGUCAGG